UUAAGUAACGCACAGUUCGGAAUCGUUAACAACGGACGUAUUUAAUUGUCAUCCGUGAUCUUCGAAAAAGUUAACAUGAUUUUAUUCGUUCUAUCAUUAAUUGGAUAUGUUGCUUUUGUUGAUACAUCUCUCAUUCUCAAUAAUUAUGAGGUACAGGAAAGUUUAGGAUGUAAAGAAAUCGAAAGUAAGUCUGCUGUUCUCCAGCUAAGAAGACAUCUUUUUUGCGAAUACAUUGAAAGUAUUAGACCAGUAUCGGAUCAUAGAACGACGACGAACAUCGAAUUUGGAAUAAUUCCGAAAUUUAUCAACGUUAAAGAUGAAGAAAAUGUUAUGGAACUGCAUUGUUGGACAAUAUUCAUGUGGGAGGAUGGCCAUCUCACUUGGGAACCGUCACGAUUUAAUGAUGUCAAUUUUUUUCACGUAAAAAGUAACGAAUUAUGGACACCUGAUAUCAUGAUACAUAACUCUGAGUCCUAUGACAACGAAAUACCAUUUACAAAUUGUUGGGUAUCCAGUGCAGGUAAAGUCAAAUGUGUAGUAACUACUAGGUAUAUGGUAAAAUGUCUUAGAGAUUAUACAUGGUGGCCUUACGACGUUCAAAAUUGUACCAUUCAAAUUGGUUCAUGGUCCCAUUCUGAAGAGGAACUCAAUUUUGUUCUUAUAAACACCGGGAUUAUUAUGAACGAAUUCCAAAAAAAUUUAGCAUGGGAAAUAUUACAAUUUAACGUUACUACACAUACGGAAUCUUUCAAAUUUGCCAUUGACCUAACUUCUCCAAUGAUAUUUUUUCACUUCAUUUUACAACGACGUUUUAAUGCUACGCACGCUAUUUAUUUGUCAUCAGUUAUUAUAUUGAUAAUAAUGACAUUGACAACUUUAUGGCUGAAUCCAAAAUCUACCGAACGAAUGAUACUUGCAAAUAUAAAUUUUAUCUGUCAUCUGUUGUUCUUAGAAGAAUUGUAUUGGGAAAUACAUGGAAGUGGCGCUUCUACUAUGUUAAUGAAAUUCUUCGUAAAGUCACUCGCUCUAGCCUGUUUUACUCUUAUUAUUACUAGUAUUUUACGUCAUUUGUUAGAAUUAACAACAGAAACUCCUACAUGGAUCGCAACGAGAACUUCUACCAUUGUAAAAAGUAAGAUAGGACGGAUUCUUCUUGUAAGUAUCUUAGAUCCUAAAGCAUCUGCAGAAUUGGAAACUGAAGCUGAAGAUAAUGCUAAUCUUGUAAGUACAAAGAAAAAUGAAGCAUCUUGGAAACAUGUUGUGAUGCUUAUUAGUUGGAUCAAUUUUCUUUGCAUUCUUUUUAUUUACAUCAUUUUGAUUAGUAUAUAUUUUCCAAUUCGUUCUUCCGGACAUUCUUAUAAUUUCAAUACUUAAAAUUUUUCUUAAAAUAAUUAUUUUCUUACGAAUGAAAUAUAUGAACUAUAAGCUUAAUUUUGACUGUGAU